UGAACAGCAUCGCUUUACGGCAAGCAUGUGUAUAUGGGAAGCUUGUUGUUAGCCGAAAACCCAACUGCUCGCUCUUGUUUUAUAUUCUAAACUCAAUUAAAACGGUGACCCGUUUAAGACUUCUAACCCGGACAAAUGGAUGUUGGAGAGCUCCUGAACUAUCAGCCUGAUAGAGGAGCAAAACGUCCCAGGCAGGAUGAUGGAGGAGCAGUGGGAGGAGAGGAGGACUCCAGAGGAGGGAAACAGCAUAAAGGACUGGGUGCCAGGGAGUUGGCCAGAUACCGAGACAUUGCAGCAGGAGUGGGAACUGAAGGAGGGGUUGAGAUGAGGGAGACUGAGGAGCUAGCUGGGGACAAGAAGAAGAUCCUGGAGAAACUAAUGGACCAGGAUGAAGAAGAACCUGAGGCCGAGCCAGUGGAUGAAAGCUCGAUGAAGAAAAUGAUCCUGACCUUUGAGAAAAGAUCAUACAAAAAUCAGGAACUAAGGAUUAAGUUUCCGGACAAUCCAGAGAAGUUCAUGGAGUCGGAGCUGGAUCUGAAUGACAUUAUCCAGGAAAUGCAUGUGAUCGCCACAAUGCCAGAUCUCUAUCACCUGCUGGUGGAGCUUAAUGCUGUCCACUCGCUGCUGGGCCUCCUUAGUCAUGAAAACACUGAUGUCGCCAUAGCAGUGGUGGACCUGCUGCAGGAGCUGACAGAUAUCGACACUCUCCAUGAGAGCGAGGAGGGUGCCGAGGUGCUCAUAGAUGCUCUGUUGGAGGGCCAGGUGGUGGCCUUGCUGGUGCAGAAUAUGGAGCGGCUGGAUGAGCAGGUGAAAGAGGAGGCUGACGGCAUCUACAACACACUGGCUAUCAUAGAAAACAUGGCCGAGUUCAGACCAGGCCUGUGUGCAGAGGCAGCCCAGCAGGGACUCAUGCAGUGGCUGCUCAAGAGAAUCAAGGCAAAGAUGCCAUUUGAUGCUAACAAGCUGUACUGCAGUGAAAUCCUGGCUAUCCUGCUGCAAAACAAUGACAAUACCAGAGAGCUAUUGGGAGAGAUGGAUGGCAUUGAUGUGUUACUGCAGCAACUAUCAGUUUUUAAACGUCACAAUCCGUCCACAGCUGAGGAGCAAGAGAUGAUGGAGAACCUCUUUGACGCUCUGUGUUCCUGCCUCAUGCUGCCCAGCAAUCGGGACCGCUUCCUCAGAGGGGAAGGACUUCAGCUAAUGAACCUCAUGCUUAGAGAAAAGAAAAUGUCUCGAACCAGCGCUCUUAAGGUUCUGGACCAUGGGAUGAUUGGACCAGAGGGAGCAGAUAACUGCCAUAAGUUUGUGGACAUCCUGGGCCUGCGAACCAUCUUUCCACUUUUCAUGAAAACCCCCAAGAAGAUGAAGAAAACUGGCACCUCUGAGAAGGAGCAUGAAGAACAUGUGUGCUCCAUCAUCGCCUCCAUGCUGAGAAAUCUCAAGUCCCAACAGAGAAGCAGACUCCUCAACAAGUUUACAGAGAAUGACUGUGAGAAGGUUGAUCGACUGAUGGAGUUGCAUUUUAAGUACCUGGAGGCUGUUCAACAAGCUGACAAGAGGAUUGAAGGAGAGAAACAUGAGAUGGUUCGUCGUGGGGAGAUCCUGGAUGACAGCAUGGAGGAUGAGUUCUACCUUCGCCGCCUGGAUGCCGGACUAUUCGUCCUUCAAUUGAUCUGCUACAUUAUGGUGGAGAUCAGUAACUCUGGGAUCUCACAGCUGCAGCAGAGAGUCCAUCAAAUCCUCAACCUGAGAGGAGGCUCUGUCAAAGUAGUACGCCACAUCAUGAGAGAGUACGCAGAGAGCAUCGGAGAUGGCAAGAGUGACGAGUUCAAAGAAGCUGAGCGGAAGAGGAUCAUGGACCUCGUAGACAACUUCUAAUCUCACUUUUUCUCUCUCGCUCAACACGAAAAAAUAUGUUCUUACACACGAGAACAUUGAAACUCUGCAGUUCUCAUCUGGGACUGAUGGUGACCUUGAGCCAGUGGUUUGUAUUGAAGUCACUGAGGACAUUUACAUGCAUAGAAAUGUAGCUACAAUAACAUGGAUUCCUUUGCCUGAAUUUUUGACAUCCAAUGUGGGGAACAAAGAAAAAGUAUCCCAAAACGAAUAAUUAAUUAAAUGUUUUAAUUAAUGAAAUCUUUUUCAUGUAAUAAACACAAUCAUUAUGUAUAAGAGAAUAUGUGCGAAUCCAGUGAGCACUGUGCAUGUAAAUGUGCUUAUUGACUGUAACACACAGCAAACACAAGAUGUGCUCAGAGCUGCAGUGCUGUUUAUUUUCUGUACUGUGGUGUUGAACACUGCAGGAUAAUUAUGGACAGGCUUUGCUCUCCCACUCUACCUGGUUUGUUUGUUUUUGGAUUUUGUGUUUAAAGUAUUUUCUAAUAAAACAUUUGGUAAUAAAA